UGUCCUAUUUUUCUUUACUUAGUUACCUUAUUCAGAAACAUGGCUGUUGAUUCAUUUUUCGCUAAUAGUCGUAAGCGUAAGCGCCCUACAAAGACCACAAACACUGUACAAAGAAGCGGAAAGCCUCAACAACAAAAGGGUCGUCCUGCACCAACACAGCAAAACAAAAAAGAAGAAAGUGACAUUGAGGGUGACGACGAUGAAGGCGAUCACUUUAAUGCCAACCAAUCUUCCGCCAGUGAAGCCGAAUCCUCCGACGAAGAAAUUGUAGAGACUGCUGCAGAAAAACGUGUACGUCUCGCAAAGGCAUAUUUGGGAACAAUCGAAGAAACUUUAGACGACGAUCUCGUUGGUUUCGAUGCUGCUGAUCUCGAUAGAGACUUGAUUGCUGAACGUUUAAAGAAAGACGAUGACGAAAGCGAAGGUAGACUCCAUUUACGUAUUGCCGACACUUUCAAACUCGAUGAUAUCGAAAACUUAAAAAUUCAAUCAUGUCGUGGACACCAACUCCCUGUCACUGCCGUCGCAUUAUCUGAAAAUGGUUCAGUCUUCUAUUCAGCUUCUAAAGACGGUUCCAUUGUGAAAUGGGAUGCUAAAACAUACAAAAAGUUACACACUUUCCCCGGUGGAAGAAAAGGAGUCAAGAACUAUGAUGGACACACUGAUCAUAUUUUAUGCCUUGCAAUAAGUUUUGAUGGUCAGUACCUUGCAAGUGGUGGAAAGGACAAAAUCAUCAACAUUUGGUCAGUGAAGGAAGAUAAGCAUCUUAUUAAAUUUACCCAGCACAGAGAUGUUGUUUCUGGGUUGGCAUUCCGUAAAGGAUCAAAUCAAUUAUACUCUGCAUCCCACGAUCGUACAAUCAAGGUGUGGAAUAUUGAUGAUCGCACGUAUAUAGAAACAUUAUUCGGUCAUCAAGAUCAAAUUACAGAUAUUGAUACCCUUGGCCGUGAACGUUGUGUUUCCACUGGUGGUAGAGAUAAAACAGCGAGAGUGUGGAAAAUUGUAGAGGAAUCACAACUUGUGUACAGAGGUGGUGUUGCCACUAAAAACCCCGAUGGAAACCGACCUUUGUUUGUUGAAGGCUCUCUUGAUUGUAUAGCCCAAAUUGACGAAAGUAUGUUUAUCACUGGUGGUGAUAGUGGUGUUCUUUCAUUAUGGGAACUCAACCGCAAAAAGCCCAUGUACUCAGUAUCCACUGCGCAUGGUUUAAAUACCGUUGCAAGCGAGUCCGAAGGCGAUAUCAAUACACCUUUUUGGAUCACAGCUGUUGCAUGCUUAAGAUACUCAGAUUUAUUCGUUUCUGGAUCAUGGGAUGGUUUUGUACGUGUAUGGAAGUUAGCAGCAGACAAUAAGAGCUUUAAACAAAUCGCACAAAUCCCUGUUCAAGGCGUUGUUAAUAGCAUUCAAAUCAAAACUACUUUCCCCUCUAAACGUACCCUUCUCGUUGUCGGUGUAGGUCAGGAAUUAAAGUUGGGUCGUUGGGUUAGAUUGAAGGGUGGUGUUAAGAACUGUACAAAAGUUAUUGAAUUUGAAUCUACUUCAAAUCAAUUAAGAAUUAUUUAGUCAUAUAUAAAGAAAAAAAGAACCGUAUAUCAAAAAAAUAUAUAAAAUAAAAUAGAUAUGAUCAUACUACU